AUGUCCUGGAGAAUCCAGAAUCUGCCCGAUUCUACUUCAAAUCCGGCCGGCGCAGCGGCGGGUGCGAAAAAGAAGUCCAAAUCAUCCUCGGACGGGCGCGGUGCGAUCAAGAGACUCAUCAAGGAGCUGGACGUGUGGCGGGCAGAGCAGAAGGAUGAGCGAGGGAUUGAGAGGCUCGGGCCCGUCGACGACGAGGAUCUGUUGUCGUGGGAAGCCGUAAUCAACGGUCGAGGAAUUGGAAAUGGAUAUGAUGAAGGCCGCUGGCUUCUUAACAUUCAGAUCCCAUCAGACUACCCCCUCCGACCGCCGACGAUACGCUUCGUGACGCCCGUUGUGCACGCCAACAUUGCCUUGCAGACAGGCGAGAUCUGUCUCGACCUUCUCAAAGACGCCUGGACGCCGGCGUACAGCGUCCUGGAGAGCGUGCGCGCGGUGCGCACCCUUUUGGCAUAUCCGGAGACGGACUCGCCGCUCAAUGUGGACGUUGCGGCGUUGCUGCGAGGCGGGGACGUCCUUGGUACCCGCGCCCUUGUCGAGUUCUGGUGUCGUGAUGAUGAUGGCCGGUACGAAGGCCCGUGA